AUGUGGAACGACGCCCUGGACGAGCAGUACGUGGAUGAGGUCCUGCAAGCCCGGUUUAUGGACUUUAGACUGGAUCUACCCAACCGACUCAUAGUCUAUACGGCGAGGUACGCCGAGGCCCUUGCAAUGGUGGCUUCUGGAGAGGUGUUCUUUGCUGUGAAGAGCUUUGAUGGGGAGGGUGGUGGACAAGGUGCCUAUCAACUUCCCCUGCAGGGUGCGGCAAAUGUGUGGAGAUCCUACGAGUUUCCGACCCUGCAGCGCAAUAGCGCUGUUACCAAAGUUACGAGCAUCGACAUCUCCAACAAUAACCAUAAGAGUGUAGAUUGGCAGCCCAAUAAGGGUUUGGAGGAAUUGCCUGCGAGUACUGCGAGCUCGCUUGUGCCUCCUGCUCCAGCUACUUGUAACGCUAAGUUCAAGAGAGACAGCUCGGCGUGUGUGGUGCCCACUCUGUGCUCUGAAGAAUGUGAGGAUGAGGAUUAG